UACCCAUGGGCUGCAUUUCCUUUUUUUUUUUUUUUUUCAAUUCAUAUUUCAGUUAUAUGAAUUAAUAAAUAUUCCAAUUUUAGCAUCAGUUGGGAGAGAAGAAAGGGGUAGAUGUGGGUAGUUCUGAAUGGCAAUAAACUUUACCCAUUCUUGUUAUUUGGGUGGACCAUUUAAUUAACUUGUGUUCAACCUGGGGUUUUUGAAGAAAGUUUUGUUUUUUUUGAAAGUAUUGUUACAUAAAGUUUGAUUCUUUAUGGAUGUUCUGGAUCUUUUGAUUGCUUACUGGGCUGCUUCACUGCUUUUCUUUUCCCUUGCUUUUCCUGUUCUCUUGUGGCUUCAGAUUCAUUCUUCAGAUGAUUAGAACUAAGCUUUGAGUUGCCUAACCUUUGAUGUAUCAGAUUUUUUUUGGUGUUUGUGCAUAGUUCAAGAAGGGUUUUCCCCUUUAUACUAUAUAGUCUUCAUCAUUUAUUUGAUGACUGGUUAGAAACCUCUGUGUGGUAAUUCAAGAAUGUAACCUUUUAUAAAUCCUCUUGAGAAUUUCUUUUCUUUUUUAAGAAUAGAUGUUAUUGUCAUUACACAUUUUAUGAAAAUCAAGAAUAUGCAUAGGAUUUGGGUAGUGUUUCCACAUAGUCAGGUCAAAAACUUGUGGAAAGAUGCAUCACCAUACCUGACACAUUUAUGACCUAUGUAAUCAACCUGUUAUUGACCCAGUCUAAAUGCCCAAUUAGAAGCGUUUUAUGUGGACUGCUUAUAUUCAACAACAGAUUCAAGUCAUCUGAUGUUGCAGUUUCCUUAUUGGUCGGCUUUCUAUUUAUGUUUGACAUUUGCACUAUUUGGGUCCUGACGGGGUGUAAAUGUCUACUGUUUGCUAUUGUUUGUUAUGUAAGAAUGUAACAAAUUUCGUGUUUAUUUUCUGACCAGGGUUAGUGUUCAUUGCUCAUGCUCUUUAUACACUCAUCUAGGAGAAUUCCUCUGUAGCAGUUGCAGUACCAUUUUAUCCUAUCCAUAUUCUUUAUUGCUUACAGGUGAUGCAAUGAAUAGAAGCUGAAGCAAUUAGUUUUGGUUGUUUGAUGGAUUCACACAACUGCUUCUUACGUUCUUCUCUCCUAUUAUGUUCUACAUUCAGCUAAAUGAAUCAAAAGCACCGAGCAGGAUUGGAGAUCGACCGACCAGUGAUGUUGUAGUAAGGAUUAGAACACAGGAUGGUCGCGAUCACAGGGUUUAUUGUCAUUCUCAUAUCCUCGUCCAACAGAGCAAGUACUUUGCUGACCGAUUAUCCGAUACCUGGCCCACAUGUCAAAUCCUUGAUUCCCGCAACUGUGUUGAGGUUCAUUGUGAAGAAUCUGACUUGGACUACUAUGUCAAUGUGCUUCGACUCUUCUAUGUCAUUUCGGAUUGUUCGGUGACUGAUAUUUGCCAAGGUGUCAGGAGUGCUCUUGGCAUUUUACGGGCAGCUUUCAAGCUCGGGUGCCCACAGAUUAUUACUGCGUGUGCAGAAUACUUGGAAGCUGUUCCCUGGGAAGAAACGGAGGAGGAGGAUAUCCUAAAAACGAUUCCGGGCAUGGGAUCCCAAGUGGCCCCGGUAAUUGCUCGCCUACAACCGGUUCUUCCUUCUGCUGUGGUCAAAAUAUUCCUCUCAGCAAUGCAAUUUGCCACUUCCUUGCCUCCCGAUUCUUUGAAUGAUCUGAAAACGACAGCUCAAGAACAGCUCGAGUACAUGGUCGUUGAAGAUGAUGAUGCUCCUCUGUUAACGGCUGAUAACGAGAUAAAACUAGAGGUAGUGCAAUGCAUUAAGAGACUGCACGAUAGGUUUAGCCAACUUGUAGAGUCUUUACUGUGCGAUGUCCAACAAUCAAUGUCUGAGGACGGGAAAUUGCAAUUAUUUAAGUCCUGUCUAUCGGAUUUAUCCUGGGCUUGCCAGAUAUUAACGAAAUUGGAGAUUAUGAGAGAUUUUGUUCAUAGAUGGACCGAGAUAUCAGUUAAAAUAAUAAAGGUUGUUCAGCAGUUGAGCCCCGAAGCUGAAACAAUCGGGGCAAAAUUGAAGGUUCUCGAGGUGGCAGCAAAAGUCCUAGAGGCAAUAGGAUAUGGCACGGUUGUUCUGCCUGCAACAAAGCGGCUCCACAUGGCAAAGGUCUGGCUUCCGUUUGUGCGGGCAAUGAAGCCUUUGAUUGAUUCAGUGAUUGUAGACAGCGAGGAUGAUCUGAUCCCAAAAAUAGACGGUGAUUUAUGGCAAUCCUUAGAGGCGUCGUUUGUUUCAAUGAUACUUACAUUGCCCUCGGCAGAUCAGGCAGAGAUCUUGACAGAGUGGUGGACAAACCAGCACGUCCAGUAUCCCGACCUCACCGAGGCCUUUGAAGCGUGGUGUUAUAGAUCCAAGGCUGCCAAGCGAAGGCUGGCAAUGCUCGAAGGAGAUCAUAGCACUGCCAAUCCAAUUUUCUUAAUGGAUCUGAGGCAGUCCAGAUAAGGUCUUCACUUCAGUGGUCCUCGACCUCGGGAAAAAAGCAUUGCUUUAGACAUCUUGCCACGAAAAGCCAUUGAAAGAGUCCUCAUCAGUUAAGCAAUAUGUGCUAAAGACGAAAGAUUUCAGCAACAGAAUUAUUCCUCAAGUGGUUUGCAUCCACAAGCAAUUACCAAUUCAGGUUCACUUCCCUUUCAUCAGAUCAAUCAACAUCCAACCAAGAAACUAUGGUUUCUGUUUUCGGCUUUAUUCUCUUGGAGUGUUGAAAGAUAUGAUGAUAUUCCGUUGAAACUUUCUUCAUAACACUUGUGGCGAUAAAGAUUGAAAAGGCUUAUUCUUAUGCACACAACUUGUUCAAUUGGUGCUUACUGCUAAUGCUACAUGUGUAGGCUGUGUAGCAAAACAUUAGGGAUUGUUUCAACACCUGAUCGAGUUGCCAGAGAGUCUCCGAUGUGCAUCACAUACUAGAGAAACAUAUGAGUUUAUAAGACCAUGAGUUAAACUAGUUAACUGAUUGAAUUCUUUUAGUGUAGUUUGCCCAUGUGCAUUAUAGCACAGUGGAGUGACCUGUACCAGUCUUAGAUUCUAACAUGGUAUCAGAGUUAUAUGCUGAAAUCAUGGUGGUUUUGGUACCAAAAUAAAGCCAAAACAUUGGGGAUAAGUAUAAAGUAUGCAAAUUGCCACUCUU